AUGGACUCUCUCGCUCCCUACACAUCCCCCGAAACAUGUGAUCCAGUUGAAUAUAUGCCUCUUGAGGACAUAGAAAAUCCUGGACGUUAUCGCCCUGGAGGAUAUCACCCUAUAGCCAUUGGCGACCGUCUUAGUGACCGCUACGAUGUCGUUCAUAAGCUUGGCUUUGGUACUUAUUCGACAAUUUGGUUAGCAAGAGAUGCGAAUACGAGAAAGUACGUGGCCAUCAAGAUUGCCAUCGCCGAAGCAGCUAUGCCGGAGAGUAAAAUUCUCAACGUCCUAGCACUCUCAGAACCAAGCGACGAGGGUCAUCCCGGAAAAGAUCUGAUCCCUCAUGUAUUGGAUAUGUUUUCCCUUGAUGGGCCCAAUGGAAGACACAGAUGCCUUGUUACAGAGCCUGGGAUGAUGACCCUAGAUGAGGCGAAAGAUGCGUCAUAUACCAGAAUUUUCAAAUUGCCUGUGGCCAGGGCCAUUGCAGCCCAAGUCAUACAAGCUGUCGCUUUCCUACAUCACCGAGGGGUAGUUCAUGCCGAUCUCCACGCGGGGAAUAUAUUGUUUCGCUUGCCGAACAGCAUAGACGAGCUUUCACCUGAAGAAUUAUACCAAAGAUACGGUCACCCUAACGUCGAGCCUUUUGUGCGCCUUGAUGGCAAGUCACUUUCCGACGGAGUUCCUACUCACGGUGUUGUGCCCAUUUGGUUAGGGAAAGAAAGCGAGCUUAUUAUCCUCUCUGAAGCUAAAAUUCUUGUCACUGACUUUGGAGAGUCAUUUCUGCCAUCUAUUACUCAACGUCACUAUUCCAAUACGCCCGGUAUCCUUGUUCCUCCGGAGACCUACUUUUUGCCUGACGAGCCUUUGUCAUUUCCCUCUGAUGUAUGGACUCUCGCAUGUACCCUCUGGGACAUCAUUGGACAAAAGCCACUAUUUGAGGGUUUCAAUCCGUCUAACGACUGGAUGAUAAAGGAGCACGUGGAUGCGCUUGGUAAGCUGCCGUGCGACUGGUGGCAGAAAUGGGAUGCACGAGAAAGAUGGUUUACGGAGAAGGCUAAGAGGACAUCUGAAGGAGCAGGCAGAUCUUUGGCUAACCGCUUCAUUACUUCUGUGGACAAGCCGCGGCGGGAAAGCGCAAUGGAAGAAGAGCUUGGGGAGGCCGAGAGGACUGCCCUACUUACCAUGUUAAGGGGAAUGCUGGCUUUUAGGCCGAAUGAAAGGCUCACUGCUAUGGAAAUCGUUGAGUCUGAAUGGAUGCUGAGAUGGGCUCUGCCAGUACUUGGAAAAGUAUCCGCUUAA